AUGGCACCCAUCAUCUACCUGGUCCGCCACGCCGAGGCGGAGCACAACAUUUCCAAAGACUUCACAAUACGAGACCCGCCCCUCACUACAGUCGGCAAGGCCCAGGCAUCGACUCUUGCUGCAACUCUGCCCGAGAUAGCCUCCAUCGCCGUCGUUAUCACGUCUCCUCUGACGCGUACGCUACAAACCACAAUCGCCGGCUUUCCGCACCUCGCUCGAGGGGGUGAGGCGGGCGGCGCGCAGCUCAUCAUCGAUCCAGAUCUUCAGGAGCGCAGCAACCUUCCCUGCGACACCGGGUUGGAACGUGCAGAACUGGAAAAGGCGUUCCCGCAUCUCGAUUUCGGACAUUUGGGGGAGGAUUGGCUGGUCAAGGAUGGUCUCUAUGCUGCUGAUGAUGGAGCCGUCGCGAAACGAGCGCAACGGUUCCGCGACAAGUUGCACGAUAUUGUGACGUCCCUGAGUCAAGGAGGAGAUCGAGGUGGCGGCGAGGGACGCGGUGCGAACAUAGUCCAUGUCAUUGAUCUCAUGAGCCCUGAGACGGACCCCCGCCAGCGCGUCAUCCUCACCUCUCUGAUCCGCCACAUGCACGACUUUUGCCGCGAGGUCGAGCUGACGCAGGACGAGUGGGUCACGGGCGUCAACUACAUCAACUCGCUGGGCCAGGCCUACAAGAAGAACCGCAACGAGACGUGGCGCGUGUGCGACAUUCUGGGCAUCGAGUCAUCCCCGACGGCAAGGCGCCCACGUCGUCGGCCAUCCUCGGGCCCUUUUGGUCGCCCGAAACGCCGUUCCGCGACCUCGGCGCCAGCGUCGUGCAGGACAUGCCGUCGGACGGGCCAGCUGACGCACUUCCACGGCGUCAUCCCGCGACGUCGACACGGGGCGCCGGGCAUCCCCAACGCCGUCUUCGACAUGUGGCAGGCAUCGACCAACGGCAAAUACGACGCGCACUGA